UGGGAGUCUUCAAAGAGCUGGAUGGACCACACAGGACAAGGCACAGGCAACCCGGCCAACAUGGGGAAGAUUGUCUUCUAUGAGGAAAAGAACUUUGGCGGCCGCAGUUUUGAGUACAGCAGCGACUGUGUGGACUUGCAAUGUCAGUUCAGCCGCUGCAACUCCAUCAGAGUGGAGAACGGCUGCUUCAUGAUCUAUGAUAAACCCAACUACACCGGGAACCAGUACUACCUGAAGAAGGGAGACUACCCUGACUACCACUGCUGGACGGGCGUCAAUGAUUCUGUCAGCUCCUGCCGCCUCAUCCCCCCGGUGAGUCCUGAUCAAAGGUCCUUCAACAUGCGCCUGUAUGAGCGGAUAGAGUUUGGAGGUCAGAUGAUGGACCUGGUGGACGACUGUCCCAGCGUCAUGGACCGCUUCCACAUGAACGACAUCUUCUCCUGCAACGUGACAGAUGGCAACUGGCUCUUCUACGAGCACCCAAACUACAGGGGCAGGAUGUACUUGAUCAGGCCUGGAGAGUACAAGAGAUUCAGCGAAUGGGGCGGCAGGAGCGCCCGGGUUGGCUCCAUCAGACGCAUCAUGGACUAUUAG